AUCUCUCAUUAUUAUUCUAGUAAAAUAUCUUGCUUCAUAUUAACUAUAAUUAUUAUUUGCUUUUCUUGAAACAUGGAUCUUUCUGGAAAAAUUAGUAUUGAAGUUGGGAUCCAAGUUCCAGCUGCAAAGUUCUUCGAUGUUUUGGCAAAGCAAUUCCACAAAGUUCAAAACAUUUGUGAAAGAAUCCAAGGAGCCAAAUUGCAUGAAGGUGAUGACUGGCACUGCACUCAUUCGGUUAAACAAUGGACUUCUGUCGUAGAUGGUAAGGUCAUUACAUAUAAAGAGAGAAUUGAAGUUCUUGAUGAGGAGAACAAGUUAAUCACAUACAAAAUCUUUGAUGAUGAUGUCAAUGAACACUAUAAGGACCUUAAGAUAACCCUUCAAGUGACUGAGAAGGAUGAUGAACAUGGUUGUAUUAAAUGGACUAUUGAAUAUGAGAAGAUUGACGAUGAUGUUGAAGUUCCAUAUGGCUUUGUGGAACUUUGUUACAAAAGUUCUAAGGAUAUUGUUGCUCAUCUUCUCAAGGCAUAGCUCCAACUACAAAAUAAUAAUGUGAUUGGUUAAAUGUUAAGUGUGUUUAUGUCAAUAAUGUUGGUUUCGAUUGCUUGAAUUGAGUGAAAUGUAACUUGUUUUCUAAGUUUGUUAACGAUCUUGUUGAAUGCAUUGAAUGAUGCAUCACAAUAAAUGGGGACUGGGGAGUUCUUGUAAUUUAAAA